GCGAACGACCGUCUCUCUACACUUCGUGAUUCACGGCUGCGCUUUUAUUGCCGUGCAAUUGCAGCGACGCACGUAAUCGGGGAUUCCGGGGUGUCAAAUAUACGCGCGUUCCCCUGCGCUGCGCUCGACAUGCGGCGUACUCGCCGCGGACUCUGAUCGCGUUCCUCGUGGUGAUCUCUCCCUCGCUCUUCCGUCGACAAUUCGUCGGCGAGUCGCGCCGUCGUUCACGCCGCCUCUUCUCGCCCCCGUAGACUUCCUUCGCGUGACUUCUGCCGAACGGAAGCGGACGUUCUCGCACGAUGGUCAAGUACUACGAGAACACCACGGUCUUUAAGUUCGAUUGGACGCAGGUGGUGCAGGGGUUCUUUCAGAGAUAUCCCAAUCCGCACAGCUCGCACGUUCUCACCGAGGACACGAUCGCCAGAGAAGUCACGAACGGCAAGCUCUACUCCAAGCGAUUGCUGACGAAGACCAACAGAGUGCCGAAAUGGGGUGAGAGAUUUGUCAGUAAGAGCACCGUCAAAAUCGUGGAGGAGAGCAUCGUCGACCCGGAGGCCAAGACCUUGACCACCUACACGAGGAACUUGGGAUACACCAAAGUCAUGAGCAUUGUCGAGAAAGUGGUAUAUCAGAUCUCCGACGAGAAUCCAGAAUGGACAAUUGCCAAGAGAGCGGCGUGGAUCGACAGUCAAGUCUUCGGUUUCAGCAGGGCGAUUCAGGCCUUUGGCUUGGAUCGAUUUAAGAAGAAUUGCGUCAAGAUGUCGGAAGGCUUUAAUUAUGUCCUCACGAAUAUGUUUCCUCACACGACACAGUUUCUAAAUCCUAAUUUAGGGCAGACGAGCUUCUCCAUGCAAGCCGGCCACAGCACGGCGGACGACGGCGCUACGACAAAGCCAAGCCUCGCGGAAGACUUGCAGCAUUCUUUACAGGGUAGAGCGGAGAAGGUGAAAGACGCCGCUAAGAAAGCCACGGACUUGGCGAAAGAAAAGGCCAGACCGAUAUACGCGGCUUGUCAGCCGAACCAAACGUAAAUUUCCGCAAAUGCGAAGCGCAAACAGCUGUACCGUUGGAUGUGAUCGAUAUCGUUUAACAACAGAAAAUAUUCACGGAUAACACUAUAUUAUUGUGAUCUUAAACGAGACGAUGGUAAAGCUUUAGGGACUAGUGCGAAAAAUGCAGUUGCAGUUGUACAUUAAUGAAUUGGCACAGUUUAAUGACAAUUAGUGUGAAAAGAAUUGGAAAAUUGGUUGGUAACAAUGAAACGUUGAGAUCUGCCAGGUCUGAUAGCACAAGAUUCUCAGAAUGUUGUAACAUUUACACAUGUGUAAAAUUUGCUAAAGAUAUUCGCGUCUGACCCACUUGUAUAUUACCAUUCCUUUUUUAACUGCCAAAUUGUCAAGUGUGCUAUCAAAUAUGAUACAUACAUGCACAGAGAUGCGCAUUAAAUUACUUAAUCUUUUUUUUACACGCAAAUAAACAUUUUCUAUUUCUUUUACAAUCACAAGAUAUUAUCUCUCGCGUAAAGUAUUAAGCGUCAGAAGCAUUUGAUGUGCUUGUGAUGUGUAUUGCAGCGUUCGUUCAUUCGCGCAUUGCGCGCAUACCUAAAGCUCGCAACUGAAAAUUGUAAAGAACAGCAUUUCGUAUGCAAUUAACGCCAAUGAAAGCAGUUACGUUACAAAUAUACAUUCAAAGGGAUAGUUUAAUGAAUUAUCCUUCUUCUGUUAAUGUAAUAAAUAUAGUAUAAAUAUAGCCUCUAGAUAUUCCGCGUCUCGGCACGGAUAGUGUAUUGACCAAUGCAAGUUUUUAGAAGACUUAAUUUCAUAUAAUGUUAAUAUGUAUAUUGUUUCUUGGAUUCUUCUAUCGUAAUUUAAUUUCAUAUAAUGUUAAUAUGUAUAUUGUUUCUUGGAUUUCUUCUAUCGUGAUUUCAGCAUACGUUUCUACAAUGAUUAGAACUGUGAUUUAAGAUUGUUGCACAGUAUUUCUACACUUUAAACGUCUCUGUUCGAGCUGUUAUUUAAAAAGUCCAAAUUAUUAUUAAACUUUGGCGGUGUAAUUGAGUGAAAGUUUCACAAGGUGUAACUUCUCUUGUUUAAAUAAAGCUUAAACUCCCUUUCUAACUUAGAAA